CAGACACUCAAGCACAAGCACACUCAUUGCCAUAUAAAUAGGACGUCAUCGAACGACAAAGGACGACAACAACAACAACGACGAUGGAUGAGAAGGAACACAGCGAUAAGCAGAGUGCAGUGGAGGUGGAGGAGGGGAGAGAAGAUGAGGAAAGAGCAGGUGACGAGGAGGAAGAGGUGAGCCUGGAAGGAGAGGAGGAGCAGGAGGAAACUGGUGAUGGUGCUGAUGAUGAUGGUGAAGCAAAACAAGUUGAUGCUGCUGCUGAUGAUGCUGGUGAACAAGACAACGAUGAUGGUGAUGGGGAUGAUCAUGAAGACGCUCACGAAGAAGGUGGUGGUGGUGAGGAAGAAGGGGUUGAACUAGAGGAACAGCAGCAGAUGGUAGCACAGGUAUCAAACGACGCCUCAGGGAACACGGAUGCACCGGACCAACAGAACGAGGUUGAGGGCGAUGAUGCAGACCACCAUGCAAGGCAAGAGGAAGAAGCGCAGCCAUCAGAGCAGGCGGAAGCGCAGGCAGCGCCUCCGGCGUCGCCGCCACCCUCAAAAACAGCGAGAGAGGCAACGGUGACGGUGAAUCCAGAGCCUGAAGUGGUUGUGGACGAUGUCGACUUGAAGGAGCAGAGCACGGAUGACACAGACAAGCAAGAUGCAGACGAAGCCAGUGGCACCGGCACAAACCAAAUCAUGAUGGAAGAGGGCACGUCGGACGACUUCCUUGAGGCUAUGGCCACGGAGUCGCGUGCACGCGCGCGGUCCAUCCUUGAGCCAUCUUCGGCGCCAAUAGCGGAGGCAGCAGCCAAGAACCUGGCCCUCGAUGACGAUGCACCAGACGAUGACGAUUACCAGGCUCUCCCGGCAACAGCACAGGCGCCCGCUGGGCUUGGUGAGCUUUCCCGCCAACACAGCGAGCUAGACUCCACGGCUGCCAAGGCCGCCGCACCGCAUGCUGCUGAAACGCAUGCGCCGCCGACCAAAGACGACCAGACGCACCUCGACGUCGAGGAAGUGCCCGUCACGCCGUUGAGCCCAACAGCGCCGGCGCUCCAGUCCCUCGCCGCCAUCGAGGCUGCGUGGAUCAUCCCGCCAGAUGUCCAGCGUGUGUUGGACCAGCGGCGUGAGACGGGAGCGGAGGGUGCCGACGUCUCUGUCGUCUCAUAUGGAUCGCCGGGCAUCGCCCUUGAGGCAGUCUCGAAGCAACGGCCUCUCCCCCGCUUCCUCGCUCCUGCCUUUGCGUGCUCAUGCGUCAACAACUCUCGUUGCCUGCAAGCACAGGAGGAUCCACUGCAGGCAUAUGCGCGGCGCCACGGCGUGGAAUCACUUCGUCGCAGAUCGACGAAGGAGGCACUUGAUCGCCUGUUUGGGCUCUUGCACACGUGCAACCAACUUGUGGCCAAGUUUAACACCGCCACCACCAACCACGACAAAGGGACAAAGGAUGGUGAUGGUGCACAUGGUGAUGAUGGUGGUGACGAUGAGUUGAAGGGCAUGGGCAAGGAGGCGGUACAGAUUUGGCGGGGGCGACAGCACCAGGUCCUGCUGGCCAUCGGCAACGCCUUUUGUGCUUUGAAGGAUUACCGUCUUGCUGCGCGCGUGUACGAGCGAAUGGUGUUGCCGACAACACCACACGACACGCGUCUCCUCUCGCUUCUUGGUCGCAUCGCGCUGCUUGCUGGCGACGUGACGGCGGCGCACCGGAAGUUUGCGAGAGUGGAAGAGCUCAUUGGUGACAGCAGCAGCCCGCAGGUCAUGUGCAACGCCGCAUUCCUCGAACUCGCGAAAGGCGACACGACAAAGGCUGCCGACCUGUUUGCUGCGGCGCAAAAGGCGACAGACGGAAACGACAGCACGCUGGCCACCAACUGGGCAGUGAUGAAACUGUACAGUGGCGAUCUCUCCAUGGCCAUCCGCGCAACAGAGGCAAGCAUGAGUCAGCUUGCAAGCCUGGAUGAAACGCUCAUCUUCAACCUCACGUCCAUGUAUGAGCUCCAGUCUGGCUUUGAUGGAAGACACAAGAAGGAGUGUAUCCCGCGUGUGCUUGAAUGCGUUCACGAUGGCUUCAACGUGGCUGCUCUCAAACUGAGGGAUUUGUAA